AUGGCAAUGCGGGAGCUGCUUUUCCGCUUACUAUCGUCUCAUACGGCUGUCGCAAUUGAGGUUGAGGAGCGUAGGACGCCAAUAUUUCUUAGUCAGCACCUUGAAGGCGCUUCGGUGAUCGUCUACAGGCUCAAUGGCACUGGUUUCCUCUUGCUGCCGAUGGAGCCAGGCUGCAACCGAUACGGUGCCUUCUGGAGUUGCAACUCCACUGCGCCGUUUGUCGGUCCGCAAUUUGUUGCUCAACUUUCGUGUAUGUCCCCUCCAGAGAUGGCAGUGGUCGCUGCUUUCCCAUGCGUGACGGAAGGAAACGGGCUUUUGACACCCAUCUGGCCACAAGGUCCUUUCGCUCUGCUGGCUAAGGAUUCUGACAAGUUGCAUUGUUUCUACCCAUCGUUGAAAUGCACUGGGCAUCUUCGUCAGGAGGUGUUAUGGUUGAUCGCUGAAGUUUCUGAACAAUGA